CAUCGAAAGACCUCCCUCCCUCCGCUCCCUCAUGAUAACUGUCGAUAAUAUCCCAUGGUCCUUGCUACAGCAUCUUGUCAUGAAUAAUCCUGGCUCUUUCACCAAGACAAAGCAGUUCAGAAGCAUGGACUUCCUGACUCGUCUUCGUCGGGGCGCCAGUUCGCAAGAUGCGCGUUAGCUCCUCCAAUCCCUUCAAAUUCCAAGCAAGUCAGAACGAAUAGCGUUACUGCGGUGCACGCGCGGCUUUCCGAACUUUUUUGUUCAUCACGAGGCCGCGCACUCUCACCUGAUCCAGACGCAUCGAAGGCUUGCUUGCCGUCAUCCGCGAGUUCCCUUCUCAACCGCAUCCUACAUCAUCUUGUUGGCCUGACCAGACAACUUAAUCUAUCCUGACUUCGCAUUGCUCUUAACACUCUAACACCUCGCAAAAUUAUUACCCAGCCUCCUUGCUAAUCAUCCAAGUCUCCAUGGAUCCCUCGCCUUCCACUGAUGCUGGAUCCCUUCCGACAUCUGGAUAUCGAAUCCCAAUCUCGUCCACGCAAGCCUUCCCAGCGAAAAUAGAUGGUGUGCGCAUCGCGUCAUACCCACCACAGCUUGGCACGCCCGUCUGCUUCGAUCUGGAUGGAAGCCCGGUCUACAUCGGUAGCGCGCUGUUGAAAGACAGCGUCCAGCCGUGCAAAAUACUGGCACAGAUGCAAAUGCUGCACGUCCCAGCGCCGUCCCCAGAUAUCCCGGUCCCGCUGGCGCACGCUCCGAUCCCACCUCCAACUGAUCAGAUCCUUCUCAUCGACAUCCUUAUUCUCCGAUAUGCCUCGGUGCCAUACGGUGGCACCGAACUCCUGCAUACUGGCCGAUACGAGCUGCUGUCCUUCCUACCGAUGCAGAUGGAGUGGGUGAAGACGUCAAAUGGAAGGGUGCCAGAGGGGAAGAAAGCGGUCGACGGGGGCUACGAGCCUUCCGGCCACAAGCUUUACCAUGCGCUAGGGACGGUCAACGAUGUUAGAGUGCCCGGGAAGACUGGACAGCACCUCGGUUGCGCCAACUUCCCGCUUCUCGGGAAGGAACAUUCGUUGAGGGAGGACUACGAAAUCUUGUGCUGGCGUUAGUGAAAUAGGAAGGUGUCUGGUAUUCCGUGUGAAAGUCGUUGUCGUGGAUAUGUAAUGUUCUGGUCAGCAUUGCGAUACUGUUCGCAAGUAGCAGCAUCGGGAAGCG